CUCAACAACUUCCAAAACCAGAUAACUCCAGAGAGAGAAACACGUAAUUUCUAGAGAAAGAAACAUGUCGAAAGAAGUGAGCGAAGUCGGAGAAACGGCGAGGAAAGACUAUGUCGACCCACCGCCGGCACCCAUCAUUGACAUGGCGGAGCUGAAGCUGUGGUCAUUUUACAGAGCUCUCAUCGCUGAGUUCGUCGCCACCCUCCUCUUCCUCUACAUCACCAUCGCCACCGUCAUCGGCUACAAAAACCAAACCGACCCAUGCGGCGGCGUUGGCCUCCUCGGCAUCGCUUGGGCCUUCGGCGGCAUGAUCUUCAUCCUUGUUUACUGCACCGCCGGUAUCUCAGGUGGACACAUAAACCCUGCGGUUACAUUUGGGUUAUUUUUGGCUCGAAAGGUGUCGUUAAUAAGGGCUAUAGCUUACAUGGUGGCUCAGUGUUUGGGUGCGAUUUGUGGAGUGGGUUUAGUGAAAGCGUUCAUGAAAUCGCCAUUUAACUCACUGGGUGGUGGAGCCAACUCGGUGGCACCAGGGUACAACAAGGGUACUGCACUCGGUGCAGAGAUUAUUGGUACAUUUGUACUUGUGUACACUGUUUUCUCUGCUACUGAUCCCAAAAGAAGUGCACGUGACUCUCACGUUCCUGUAUUGGCUCCAUUGCCAAUUGGAUUUGCUGUGUUCAUGGUUCAUUUAGCCACUAUCCCUAUUACUGGAACUGGGAUCAACCCUGCUAGGAGUUUUGGUGCUGCUGUGAUCUACAACAAUGAGAAAGUUUGGGAUGAUCAUUGGAUAUUUUGGGUUGGACCAUUUGUAGGAGCAAUGGCAGCAGCAGCAUAUCACCAGUACAUUUUGAGGGCUGCAGCCAUCAAAGCUUUGGGUUCAUUCAGGAGCAACCCUACCAACUAAAUUACUUUAUAUUGUUAUUGUGUGUUUUUAUUUAUUUAUUUUUAGUUUUAGAUUUAGUUUGUGUUGUUUGAUUUGGAUUUGGUUUGAUGUUUGAUCUUUCAAACAUGAGAAGUUUUUUUUUUCGUAUUUUAUUUUGGUAUUUAUUAGUAUGAGUUUGCUUAA